AUGGCAAUCCCUAUGACGCAAUUGGGCAGUCGUGCCUUCCACCACGAAGACAACGAAGAUGUCGAGCGCGAGUACGACCAUCUGCGCGAUCUAGCCCGUGCCGAAGCUGACAAGCGCGGCGAUUGCUUCGAACGUUCUAAACGCGCUUACGAGGAUGGCGACGGUGCCAGAGCAAAGGAAUUGUCCAACCAAGGCAAGGCCCAUGAUGCCAAGAUGAAGGAAUACAACCGCCAGGCGUCCGACUACAUCUUCCGCGAGAACAACGCCCCCGGCCGCGUCGACCCCGACAGCAUCGACCUUCACGGACAAUUCGUCGAAGAGGCGGAGCGCAUUCUCGAGCAGCGCAUUCGCGCGGAUCAAGCCCGGGGCCAGACGCACCUGCAUGCUAUUGUCGGCAAGGGCAACCAUUCGGCGAACCACGUUCAGAAGCUCAAGCCAAAGGUGGAGCAACUGUGUCAAGAGCUGGGCCUCCAGUAUAGCACAGAGGAUAAUGCCGGCAGGAUAUACAUUAACCUCCAGGGCGGAGAGCCUAUUCCGCCGCAGCAUGGCGGUUAUGGAGGCCAGCAGGAUCAAUACCAGCCUCAUCAUGGACAGCAGCAACAUGGUGGCCAGCACCGACCUCCACAGCAACACCAUCAACAACAAGAACAAGACGAGACCGAGAUGGUCGAGGGUCUCAUUCCCAUCCUCCUGCAAAAGCUGGAAAAAGCUUGCUGUAUGGUCAUGUAG